CAUGAAUUCACGCCCUGAAAUUUGGAAUUGAGAAGUUCUGCUUACAGUAAAUUCAACCGCGAGUUGUGUGCUUCCCGCUCAAGAAGUUGUUCAGUAACCCGGACUCAAUCGUGCAGUUGCCGCAUGUGUAAGAAUGGAGAGUUCUCUGGCCCUGCUGUUUGGGACUGAUGGUGAGGCAUCCGGGCCGAUCUGGGCCGAGCAGCGGGAGCUGCAGCGCCAGCAGACAUGACUAUCCUGUCGGCGAAGCUAGCGACAGAGCCAGCCGCACUUGCUUGAUCGGUUGUGCAGUGUUCAUCUUUAAAAAAAACAUGAAAAUAGCGAAGUGUUGAUUUCCGCGAUUCAAAGCAUAAUUUUAUCUUACCCUUCGAGCGUCAGCUUGUCCUGCGCGUGACCGUUGCCAUGGAUACAACAUUAGGACGCCGCGUUGCGGCCGCAGUGCGAAGUAGCUCUAAUGUCAGCGGAGUCGGCGGGAAUAUUAACGUGUCUGCUUCAUCGGGUAGUCAUAAUCCUGGAGCUCAGGGGAGCGUCCUUAUUGGCGGUUCGACGACGGCGACAUCUGGCGUCGGAAGUGGGAGUUUAUCGUCAUCGUCAACAGCAACAGGUCCGAGAUUACGGAGACAGAGGAGUUACGAAUGGCGACAGAGGCAGUACAGCACUUCUGAUGAUGAGAAUGUGGUGAUUGCGCCUGGAGGAACGGGCCUCAUUCACGUGGGGAACACAAGGGCAAGCAACGCGAGUUUGCAGUCCACAGGGGGCGCUUGUUCGGGCAAGCAGCGCGCUAGCCCCACUCCUGCUGUGUAUGCUGCCGGCAUUGCUUCUCUCCUCGCUGGAUACUCGAGUGCGGAACGCUCUUCCUUAUCGGGCAUCAAUUCCUACAGAACAGGGUCUGACACAGAGGAAGCAACCACGACAGACAACCCCACAACCCCCUUCCCUACACCGCCCCCGACGUGUGCGUCCCCUACUAUGUACCACCACCCGCUCAGCAGCAAUCCUCUACAGCACGCCCCAAACCUGUCUUCAUCCGGAAGCCAUCGUCAGGCCUCACCUUACCCCAUAGAGUCAACCAACCUGUCUGAAAACUCAACCCCCGUCAACUCCACCAGCCCUCGCUUCCCAUCACACAUGCCCUCGUCUUCGUCCACGUCACGACACCACCACGGCGGACAUCACCACCAUCAUUAUCCAAUCAAGAAGUCGUCACUGAGUCGGAGUGACGCCAGCGUCGGCUCGAAGCAGUCAGCGAGUCAGCAGUAUGGGCAGACAGGCAGCUCGGGUACCCUGGGGAGCAGGGGGCGACUUUCGGCCAGCAGCCGCAGGAUGGCAGCACAGCAGCAACAGCAGCAGAGUGGCGCAACAAUGACGUCGUCCUCUUCAACGUCAUCGGCGUCGUCUCUUACAGACAACAAUUCAGAUAUGACGUACCCGGGAGUCGACAUGUUGGGCGGAGUCAAAGAUGGAAGACGCCACAAUUUGGAGAACGACUUAGCUGAUGAUUCUCCUCCUGAACCCGCGCCUCCAGAGGUCCCCCCAAGGGGCCCAUCUCUUCAUCAUCCCCUACAAGGGCACGCGACACUAAGGGGCCGGUCUGGGGGCUCCACCAACUACAGCCUAAGCUCUGGUCCUGGGGACGCCGACAACUUAGAUGACCCGGACUACGCCCGAGGUGCGAGUGCUGCUGGUGGCAACGCCUGCAUGUUCCUGUCUCAAGAGUAUCUCAUGUCGGGGAGUCCGCGGACGUACCCCACCACGAGCUCGUGUAAAGCACCGAAAUCACCAGCUGGGGUGCAGAUGUCAGGAGGUGGACCCAGUAGCAAGGAUUUUCUGCAACCUGGUGAUACAGCGGGACUUGCUCCGGCGUCCAAGACUAGCACCGUCACCAGCCAACACCGGUUGGCGCCGCAGCUGAUGGCGUCGCCUCCGCAGUUGUCGGUGGCGCCCGCCAACACUAUAGCGAUGCCGGUGUUCCCUUUGCGGUCCGCGCCGUCCCCAUACUCACCAUACUCGCCUUCACGGUUCCACAUCGACAAACGCUGCCAGCACCGUUGCUCCUGGAAGUGCUGCAGCAUUGCUCUCAUACUCCUGUCCGUCGCGCUUACCGCCAUGCUAGCCUACUUCGGUGCUGUGAGUUCUACACGUCCUGGACUGGACAGCACGAGUUGCAUACUUGUUGAGGACGCUAGGGCUGUUGCUCAAGAUGAGGAACCUCGAGACGUCACAUCAUCACAGUCCCCUACUGAAGAAUCACUCCCAACGAGCACUGCAGUGCAUUCAAGUGGACACAGUGCAUCCAACAAGUUGCCAGGAGGGGUGAAUGCUGGACAUCAUGAUGCAACAGAUCAACAACAGACACAACAGCAGAUCCAACAGCAACAACAACAGUGGCCUGCCGUUUUGGAGAUGAGAGAACUUGGUAUCCCACACUCAGCCACAAUCCCUCCUUUUCAGUUCUGGAACUCAGAGUUUCGCAACAAGGAACCUGCAUUCAUACGCCUAAAUUUCACGCUUCCCUGGGGUGCCAAUUUUGCUGUUUAUGGUCGUCGAAAUGUAGCGCCAAGUGUGACCCAAUAUGAUUUUGUAGAGUUUGUCAAAGGAGGCCGAAUUGAUCAUAGACUCAAACGAUCUCUUUCCGGCACAUCCUAUAUUACAGGAGAUGGAACCUCGUUGGAUGCUAUGGUCACGGCCAAUGAUAUGGUACACUAUCAUCCUUCUCAUGUCUCGUCAAUAUCUGCAGUGAGUUUUACAACUUCAACUACACAAAACUGGCGUGAUCAUAGGAUAAUACCUGGUUCUGAAACCCUCCAUGUUAUUCCACCACCACCAUUCAUUGUGAAUCACAAUCAUCUGGAACGAAGUCCUCAGAGUCAGGAGGAUAAUUCUGAGGGUGUUUCUGAAGGAAUUCUGUCUUCUUCUCCAACAUACAUGAAAUUAAGGAAACCCCAUGACUUGCAUAACACCAAAGGAGUCUCAUCACGUGGGAGUAAUCAUAAACUGUCACAAUCAGUAAAAGGGAAAACGAAAGAAACAAGACACAGAGGUGGAGAGGAAGGAAAUCAACAAAGGGGGAGUGGGGAAGUUCAGAAACACAAGGUUGGCAAGAGGUCUUCUGGGACUGGAAUAGAUGGGAGUGUAUUAAUGUUGGUCAACGUGACACUUUUACAGUACUUGGAUACUGGUCGAUGGUUUCUUUCAGUGUACAAUGAUGACUUAAGGCCCCACCAGGUGACAUUAGUGGUGGCCGCAGCCGAAGGUGUUUCCACAGCUUGUCCGAAUGACUGCAGCGGACAUGGCUCAUGCUACCUCGGCAAGUGUGACUGCAUCGACGGGUACGAAGGGGUCGACUGUUCUAAGAGUGUUUGUCCUGUUCUCUGCUCAAACCAUGGAAAGUAUGGGGGUGGUCUAUGCCAUUGUGAGGAAGGGUGGAAAGGCCCUGAGUGCGAUAUCCCUGAACACGACUGUCAAGUCCCUGACUGUUCUGGACACGGACAGUGCCUUGCUGGCGUAUGCAUCUGUCAGCCAGGCUGGAAAGGCACAAUUUGUGAGCAAGUGGAUUGCCCUGACCCCAACUGUUCAGGCCAUGGCUCCUGUGUUGGUGGCAAGUGUUACUGCAAAGCAGGGUGGCAGGGUACGAACUGCAGUGCUGUGGAUCAACAGGUGUACCAGUGCUUACCUGGAUGCUCAGAGCAUGGCAGUUAUGAUCUGGAGACCGGAGCAUGUGUCUGUGAUAAUUAUUGGGCUGGUCCAGAUUGUUCACAGGCCUUAUGCAGCUUGGAUUGUGGGCCUCAUGGACAUUGUGACAAGGGGAGAUGUGAGUGCCACAAAGGAUGGACUGGUGACCGCUGUGACCUGCUCCCAUGUGAUCCUAGGUGCUCAGAACAUGGCCAGUGCAAGAAUGGAACAUGUGUGUGUUCUCAAGGCUGGAAUGGCAAACAUUGCACCUUACCCGGAUGUAAGAGUGCGUGUAACCGGCAUGGUACCUGUGCGCUGGAGGAUGGGGAAUAUCACUGUGUGUGUUCAGAUGGUUGGGCUGGUCUGGACUGCAGUAUUCGCCUCGAGAUGGAAUGCAAUGAUGAAAUUGACAAUGAUGAAGAUGGCAUGAUUGAUUGUUCAGACAGCGAAUGCUGUUCACAUCCAUCAUGCAAUGAUCACAUAAUGUGUCUUGCAUCCAACGAUCCUGUUGAGGUCCUACUUCGGAAACAACCGCCUUCUGUUACAGCAUCCUUCUAUCAGAGAGUUAAGUUCCUCAUAGAAGAGAAGAGCGUUCAGAGUUAUGCCCACAUGGAUGAAUACAGCGAAAGUCAGUUCUGGAACUCGUUUACUCCGCGCCGAGUGUCAGUCAUGAGAGGACAGGUGGUGACCCCACAGGGGCUUGGUAUUGUUGGCAUCCGUGUGAGUGUGGACAGAGAUUCAAGGUUCGGCUUCACGCUCACUCGAGCAGGAGGAUGGUUUGAUGUGUUGGUGAAUGGCGGUGGAGCGGUAACUUUGCAGUUUCAGCGCAGUCCAUUUCUUCCCUUAACCCGUACAGUGUUUGUCCCAUGGAAUCAGAUUGUGGUUCUUCCGCCUGUAGCUAUGCAACUUAGUGAUGAUACUGACAUCUAUCGUGAUGCUGGGGGAAACAGCCUUCCAUAUGUCUAUUCAAGAAGCACUAACCAGUGGGAGCUUCCAAGAUUCUUCAGAGUUUGGCAGUCAUGGGGUAGCAUGCCUGUCUUUCCAAGUUCUCCACUUACAUCUGGUGAACAUGGACCAUGCAUGGACCAUGACCAUGAAAUGCUGCAUCCUGUAGUCAUGUCAACAUGGAUGCCAGACAAAGUAGGCGGAAUGCCUGGAAAGAGCCUUGUAUUUGCAGAAACUCAAAUUUUACAAGAAAGUAUUCGGAUCCCUGGAUCAUCUCUACAUCUUAUGUACCAAAGCAGCCAAGCCCCUGGUUACUUGUCGAGUGUCCUUAUGCGGCUUACUGAUGCUUCAAUCCCACCCACACUAACACAUGUUCAUGUUCGUGUUGAAAUUGAGGGCUCAGUCCACACGAAAACAUAUGAAGCUGACCCACAUCUCGUGCACACAUUUGCUUGGAACAAACGCAAUGUUUACAAACAGAAGGUGUAUGGUGUGGCACAAGCCCGCAUUUCAGUUGGGUACCAGUAUUCGAGCUGCCCUGCUGUAGUUUGGGAGACACAGACUGCAACAUUACAAGGCUUCGAUGUGGACAUCUCUGAUGUGGGUGGUUGGAGUCUCGAUAUCCAUCAUCAUUACAAUUUCCAUGAAGGAAUCCUGCAGAAGGGAGAUGGAUCAACAUUGCAUUUCAAACAGUACCCACGAACAGUGAAGGUUGUCAUGGGGACAGGUCUGCAGCGUCAGUUACUCUGCACUACGCAGUGCAAUGGAGCUGCAAAAGACAGUCGACUGUUGACCCCAGUAGCACUAACAAGUGGACCAGACGGUAGUCUGUAUGUGGGAGAUUUCAACCUUGUGCGGCGUAUCACACCAGAAGGAAAUGUUUACACAGUAUUGCAACUGAGUGCAACUCAGGUCUCGUAUCAGUACUACUUGAGUGUAUCCCCUGCCGAUGGUCACCUCUAUAUCUCAAACCCUGAGAAACACCAAGUGCUGAGAGCCUUAUCUCUUGAGCCAGUAACUGAGCCUGCCAUUAACUGUGAGCCUGUGGUAGGGUCUGGGGAGCGGUGCAUCCCAGGGGAUGAGACCCACUGCGGAGAUGGGGGACCUGCAAGAGAUGCCAAACUGGCACAUCCUAAAGGCCUAGCUAUUGCUGCUGAUAAGACCAUGUACAUAGCAGAUGGUACAAACAUCAGGGCAGUGGAUCCAAAGGGAAUAAUUCACACAUUGGUUGGUCACCAUGGACAUCAUAAUCACUGGACACCUGUCCCAUGCCAUGGUGCAAUUCCAGCUCAGCAGGCUCAGUUACAGUGGCCUACGGGUCUGUCAUUAAGCCCCCUGGAUGGUAGUCUGCACUUCAUUGAUGACAGACUGGUUCUUAAGCUAACGGAUGACCUCAAGGUGAAAGUGGUGGCAGGUACACCUCUGCAUUGCCAUGUGACAACAGGCAGCAGUAACAGUGACCACAGUCAACAUUCAAAACAACAUUCUGGUGGCAACAACAGUGACAACACUUCUGGGGGUGAACCCUCAGCUGUCAAGUCUGAUGCAGAAGGUGAAGAAGGCCUGAAAGCAACAGGCACAGUUCUGGGUUCUGUUCUAGCCCUUGCAUUCAGCCCAACAGGUGACUUGUUCAUUGCAGAGAGUGAUUCAAGGAAAGUAAAUGCUAUUCGAGUUGUAGACUCAGCAGGCAGGAUAUCGGAUUUCGCUGGCCGACCACAUGAUAAACCAUACAGGCCAUCAAGUUGCGACUGCAAUGGUAAUGCUACAGGGUCACCAGUGGGAACUGGAGGAUCCUGUCUGUGUGGUGCUCCAGGAAGUUCCUCCACAGCCCCUGAGGAUGUCACAGGUUCAGGUCACAGUGCAGCAUCCUCUAAGGAGACAAUGUUAUCGUCCAAUGCCCAGUUCACAUCCAUUUCAGCCCUCACUGUUUCCCCUGAUGGUAUUCUGAACGUAGCUGACCAGGGCAGUCUGCAUAUCCUUGCUCUGGAGCACUAUCUGCCCACCCAUGAUGAAAAUGGAGAGUUCAGAAUUCCAUACCCACCAACACAAGAAGUCUAUGUGUUCAAUCGAUAUGGUCAACAUAUUGCAACCCGGGACCUGACAUCAGGGAAAACACGUUAUUCAUUUCUCUACAGCAAGAACACAAGUUUUGGGAAGCUGUCAACUGUGACUGACAGUUCAGGGAAUAAAAUUCUUUUCCUUAGGGAUUAUAGCAAUGUUGUAAGCACAAUAGAGAACACACAAGACCAUAAAUCAGACCUGAAGAUUUCUGGAGUAGGAUUCCUCGUCAAGUUCUCAGAGAAGGGGACCUCGGAUAUCGAGCUGGAUUAUGACAGCACCACAGGUCUUCUCAUUAGUCGAGCGGAUUCUAGGGGCGGAGGCGGUGGUGAAACUUAUAUGUAUCGCUAUGGCGAAGCUGGUCGCUUGGAGUCCGUCAUACUACCAACAGGAGAGACAAUGAGUCUUGCUUCUCACCUCACAGAAGAUGACAGUUUGGCUGUUCAGGUGUCAACACCGGUACAGUCCUUGUCUGUUACGAUGCCUGAACAACCAGUUGUCACAACUCUCAGAAUGAAGGGCCGUGGGGCCCACAGACUCACCAUUAGGGAAGAUACUGCUGUAAGUGAGGCAGCCAGUUUCCGGAAUGGUUCAUUCUCUGUUCACUGGUCAUGGGGUGGACAUCUUCAGAGCCAGGCUGUGGCACGUCACCCACUGUUGGAGCUGAGCUUGCCUGUGGAGGCGGAGAUGCUACCCAUAUGGAGCGAUCAGAUACUCACACUUGGUGAGGGACUGAGCAACCACAUGCACUGGACCUACAGUCUGGUCGGAGAUGUCCGAGCAUCAGAACAAACUCUACACCGGGAGCUCUGGGUGAACCAGUCACGUGUACUUGGAGUGGAGUUUGAUCAGGCUACUGGACGUGAGACGUUCUAUGACCGUGAACGUCAGCCCCUGCUUACAGUAACCUUCAAUCAUGCUGGUCUUCCUCAGUCCUGGGUUCCUGCCAAUGGUGGCCAGCCUGUUAACAUUACAUAUGAUAGGUUCAGCCGUGUGGAUGGCUGGCGCUGGGGUUCCCAGAGCGAGAGGUACAGCUAUGAGAGUAACGGGCUCUUAUCUGAGAUCAGUUCACCGCAAGAUGGCACCACCAAGUUUGAAUACAAUAAACUGAAUAUGCUGUUUGUCAUUACUCUCCCAAGUGGACGUCGAUUUGAAUUUCAGUACGAUGAAGAUGGUGGCUUGCGUUAUGUGACUCUCCCUAGCAACAAGAGGCACUCCUUCUCAUGCCAACCAUCUCUUGGCUUCCUUCGUGUCACCUAUACUCCACCAGGUUCAUUGCGUUCCUAUAUUCAACAUUAUGCUCACUCUGGGGCUCUUCUGCAGACAGUUUUUCCUGUAGAUGGAGCCAGGGUUAUAUACCGUUACCAUGCUUCAGGCCAGCUUGCAGAGGUGCUUCAUGGAGAUGGGCGCAGCCAGAUAAACUAUUCCCCUCUGACAGGCUUUCCUAGUGAACUGCUCCAUUCAGAGAGAGAGUUUGAGUACCGGUGGGAUUACCAGUAUGUAGCAGGAUUGCUGAUGGAAGAGAGACUGGACUUUGGAGCCAAGACAGGACUGAGCAAUGCUAAGUUCACAUACGAGUAUGACAGUAAUUUCCGUCUGACGGGGGUCCAGGGCAGGAUCGGUGGACAGAACUUGCCUGAACAUGCACUAGCCUAUAACAUACGCACAGGUGCUUUGGAACAGCUUGGCCAGUUCAAGGUAUCACAGCCUCGGCCCAAUGAAACCACUGUGUUUGAUGGUACAGCCAUUUUCUCAAGGUGGAACAAUGAUCAGUAUCAAGAAACACAGGUCGCUGUCACAAUUCACCGAAUGGAAGUUUUCCGUAUGGAGUUCACUUAUGAUUCCCGAAGUCGUAUCAGUCAGACACGGACGUACACUCGGAAUGUUGGUGUCAACACUUAUACAAAUGUUAAGAACUACACUUGGGAUCCUGAUGGACAGCUGUCGGGAGUGGAAGCACAGGAGCCCUGGGGGUUCCGAUAUGAUGACAAUGGGAACAUGCUCUCCCUCACUUACAGGGGUAACACAAUACCAAUGGAGUACAAUGUAAUGGAUCGUAUUGUAAAGUUCGGAGAAGGAUUGUAUCGUUAUGACAAUCGCGGCCUUGUAGUCCAGAAUGCGAGAGAAGAACGUUUCCACUACAAUGCGAAAGGCCUACUGGUGCGUGCUACCAAACGUGGAAGGUUUGACGUGCGCUACUAUUAUGAUCACCUAGACCGCCUUGCAACUCGAAAAGACAACUAUGGAAACGUGACACAGUUCUUCUAUACGAAUCACCAGCGUCCUAAUGAAGUGAGUCAGAUAUACAGUCCACGUGAUGGGAAGCUGAUGUCACUGGUGUAUGAUGACCGCGGUCACCUCAUUUUUGCUCAAGUUUAUCGCCACAAGUACUAUGUAGCUACGGAUCAAUGUGGUACCCCAGUCAUGGUGUUCAAUCAGUAUGGAGAAGGAAUUCGUGAAAUCAUGAGGUCCCCUUAUGGACACAUUGUGUAUGAUUCCAAUCCAUAUCUCUACUUGCCUGUUGACUUCUGUGGAGGACUCCUAGAUCAGGUAACUUCAUUGGUACACAUGCCUAGUGGGAAAGUUUAUGAUCCACUGAUUGGCCAAUGGAUGUCUCCGAUGUGGGAAGGUAUUCUAGACAGAGUCGCCAAUCCGUCACAUCUUCAUCUGUAUCGCUUCAAUGGGAAUGAUCCUAUAAAUGUACGACAUAGACCCCGACAUCUUACAGAUCACCAGAGUUGGCUCAGUCUGUUGGGGUACAACUUGCAAAAUCUGGCUCCCCAGCUCUACCCAGAUAGGCUUCCAGGGGGAGGCUUGCCUCUCUCUCCGCCUGGACUUUGGGGUUCAAAGGAAGAAAUGCCAUAUGUUGUGUCACUGCGCUCAUCUAUACAACUCCGUCAAGAAUCCUCUUCAGCAUUUGGUGUUGCAUCUGGCUUUUUGGCUCAUCUUGCUGAACGCCGUCCUGGAGAUGCGUCCACUCUCUCAUCACCACCACGCUCAGCUGUCAAGAAAGACACUUGGCCCCCUGAAGACUUCCCGACAACAAAUCCUUCAUCUGUAUUUCAGUUCAGGCGUUUGGGAGCUGCCUGUGACCCACCAUUUGGCAGAGGAAUACUUGUGUCACGAACUCCUGAUGGGAAGGCAGUCAUCAGCAGUGUUCCUGCUGCCAACGCUAUCUAUCGUGAUGUCUUCACCUCUGUUUUCAAUCAGUCUUAUCUCUUGCCAUUCACUUUCUUUCACAAUGCACAGCAAGAUGUGUUCUUCUUUGUCAAAGAGGAUUCGUGGCGAGCCUCUGAAGACCGCGGACAAUUGAAACGUUUAGGAGGUCAAGUUAAUACAACGUUUCAUGAGAAAGAAGCAGCUUCUGGAGAAACUCCAGCUGGAACAGCAGGAGGCAAAGUGGCAGACUUGAAACUACAUGGAGCUGGAGCUGUGGUAAAUCUGCGAUAUGGGACCACGCCUGAACGAGAAAAGCAAAGGUUAUUACAUCAUGCCAAGAUAAUUGCCGUUCGAAAAGCUUGGCACAGAGAGAAGGAAGCUUUAAGGAAUGGAUUUGCUGGCUCUAUUGAUUGGUCUGCGACAGAAGUGGACGAGAUUCUGAAGGUCGGUUAUGCCUCAUCCUACGACGGAGAAUACGUGCAUGACGUUAGAAAAUACCCGGAGCUAGCUGAAGACCCAUUCAAUAUCCGUUUUGUGAAGAAGGCAACAAUUUCUGCUACGACACAAGAUUCAGCUGGUAGACGCAGGAGGAGAAAGAGGGAUGCCAGAAUAGAGGAACAGGAAAACAAAAUGGAAUUCACUUCCUAUUUAAAUGAAACUCGUCAAUUUUCUCAGCUCUUCCAACAUACGAUGAGAGACACAUCAGCUGCUUCUCUGGAUUCUGAUAGUGGAAACAAGAAUCUGACAUCACUGGAUUCUCCCAUUAUUGUUCAUACAACAAGACAAACAUGUCAAAACAAGAAACACUGGUGGCUACUGUGGACACACAUUCGUCCAUCAUGCUAAAAUAAUACACCAGCACUAGCACAGAAUGUUUUCACCAAAGACUUCUUUCUGUUGUGAACUCUGGAAACUGGGAAAAAAUGUUCCAGUUGUUGUAAUAUGCACAUCAUUGGAUGGGACUUUCCAUAGAAGUGAGAGGAAUAGACAUCCAAAGUAUGCAAACUAAAUUUGUGAAUUUCAUGGUAAACCAUUUGAACUAUUUGACGAAGACUGAGUAUCAUAGGAAAUGUUAAAUAUCUGAAAACCAAUUGAGACGAAUAAUUCAAAAUGAACCAAAAAUUAAUUUUAAAAUCAAGAAACUGUCAAGAGUUUUUUUUCUCUAAAAAUGAGUAGAGAAGUAAAAGUGUGCCAAGAAUUGCACUGUUUGUCAAUGAAUUGAGUAUUGCAACAUGUAACAUCUUGUAUCUGACAUCUGACAUCUGUGGGGUUUUGUAAGCAGUGAGAUACUGUUCUCACUGGUGAUAGAAGGGACAUUAUACAUUAUGUGUAAGGCUUGUAUUACUUACCAGAAUUCAACCAUUGUAUGAUGAUCAGAUGCUGGUAGGCUGAAGGAAUUACAGCAAGGCACAAGUAGCUAGUCUGGUAAAAAGUUACCUUUGUCAUAAGACUAUUAGAAUUACCUCUUUCAAAAACAUUUUAUGUGGAGCUUAUCCAUAAUUGAUUAUGAUAAUUAAUAUGUGGAACCUGAUAUACUUAAUAUAAAUUGAUUUCUGAGAUAUGUUCUUCUCUUGGAAGUUAGCACUACUGGUAUCACAAUUGGAUUUUGUGAAACAGAAAAGCACAAGUAUGACGAAAGAUAUUCCUAGUCAAUGUUUUUGGAAGGGGUAAUAUUCAAAGAUGCCAAAGAGGAAAGUUAAAAAUCUACCACAAAUUUAUUUUCAAGUUUGUGUGCCAAAUCUGAUGCACACACAAGGGAAAACAGAAAGAUUUUGCAUUCAAGAGGAAGAGUGUUGUAAAUAUAUUUAUAUGAAUAUUUAACAUUGCCAACUGCUCGGCUUUAAUGAAAAGAAGUGGCCACACUGGUCUAUGCAAUGUUGCAACAACGGAAAGAAUAUAAGGUGCGUUAUUUUUGUGUUUCCUUUGAGUGUUUCACAUUACCCAGAGGGAAAUGUCCAAAGAGAAUGGAAUUUUGUGGCUGGAUUAUACAUAAAUAUUGUGUGUCAAUAAUUAUAUUUAUAUAUUUUUAUUAUACCAGACAUUGAGCAGUGUUAACAGAUGUAUUUAUGGGACUGUCAUCUAAUGAAGCAUGGUUUCAUUUUUAAUGUUGUGUUCACUUAUGAGGUAAAACAAAACUUAAAAAAAGAUAAAGUCGUUGUCUGAUUAACACUCAAUGAAAGCAUAUAAUUGUUGGUUAACAAAACAUUGCCUAAGUUGUGUACAUGUUCUGAUAUGUUUUCUUCAGAAUGAAAUUGUAAAACCUUGAGCUAUUUUUAAAUAAUGCCAAUUAUGCAAAGAGAACAGGUCACUGAGUAAGUCCAAUUUGUACGCACAUGUACGAAUGUUUAAAAUAGUUGUGGGUUAUCCCCUUGCCCAAAACGGUUGUUAUUGGGGAAUUGCAUCAUUUUAUAAGCUUCAGUUAUAAAAUUUAAAGGGCUUCUCUUUGCUGACAGUACGGAUAAAUGUCAUAUUCGUACAGUAUUCACCUUUAAUCGUUUGCAUUGCCUGUUUUCUGUUAAAGAGAUGGCUGCUUGAUAAAGAUAUUUGUAUUUAUGUAUAAUAAAGUAUAUUACUGAGAG